UCAACAUCUCGCGCGCGGGGUGUGGUUGGUUUGUUGAAGAUUGUUUUGAAUAGCGGGCGGAAACUUUCUUCUGUUUUCGGGGUCGAUACGUUCCUAUUCCGAUUCGCGUUCUAUAGCCGGGUGGCUUCGCGGGUUUGUUUGUUUCGAUUAUGAGACGCGUUCCGCGCAUGCGUGGGGGUGAUCGCGAUUUGGUGAUUGGGAUUGAAUCGUUAUCUGGUGUUUGAUUGUGAUUGAUAGAUAAACGAUGAGAUGAGAGGAAGAGUUUAAAAAUUUAAAAAUCGAAAAGUGUUGAAAAAUUUCGUCAAGGAGUUUGACAAAUAAUAAAAUUUCUAUCAAAAGUGAGUGAUGUUUUGAAUUUGUGGAAAACAGUGAUUUAAGUUAAAUUUAAAAAAGAUUCCUACCCGGUGGAUAAAAAAAGUUCAAUAACAGUGAAUCACAACCUAAAUAUUUUCAACAAUAAAAACCGAGAAAAAAAAACAAAAACCGAUCAUUGGAUUCAGCGGUAAACGGUAGAAGAAUCAUCUCACAAUUUAUGUCCAGCCGAGGAGGGAAAAAAGGGUUAAAAAGGGGCCCCAAAUUGGAACGAAAUUGGAUUCUAAUCAUUUGACGGGGAGAUCAUUUCGAAAACUCCUGGCGUAGAAGUUAAGUUGCCUGGAGCGGGGGCCAAUUUUCGAAACGUAAAAAAAUAGAGCCGUCAAAUCCGCCGUCUAGGAAUUGGAGUGGCAAGAAAGUAGGAAAAAAAACCUCAACAGCCAUCUAGCCGACCAACUGGAACCGGAAAAAAUCUUCGAGAUCCAAUGCACAAAUCGAAAAGUGUGGAAUUUUGGAUCCAGUGCGCGUGAGUUAGUGAGCUAGUGGAAAAAAGGGAAAUAUACGAAAAAAAGUGGAGUGGAGUGAAAACAACAAGCCAAAAAGAUAAAACAUAACUAAAGUCAAAAUAAAAAAAAAUGCGCCGGACUUCCAGCAGCCAACAACCAUAGGAAAGCUGGAAGCGGAGGAAUUGGAUUUGGUUUUGAACCAGAGCGCCGUCAUUGUCGAGGCAGAAACCUGACAACAACAACAUCAAUGAAUGAGUUCAGAUGGAUUACUGAGCACGACCUAUAAUAAUAACACAAAAUCAACACCUCGCGCUCCACGUCUCGAACGAAUGGCACCAGCUGAUCGAAUGGAAAAUUCCCCCUGGAUGAAAAACUGUGACCAAUCGAGACCCCCGCUAGCCGGAGCUAAAUCCAUCCAGGGGUCCCAUCAUCAUCAGCUCAAUGGGGGUGAACCCUCUAGUUGGUCACGUUCUUUGUUGGGUUGGAAACCUUGAGUAGAACCAAUUCCCGCGAAAUUUUAAGAUCAGCACGUUUUUUCUCUGGUUAACUAACUUAAAACAAACCGGCAAAAUGUUCGACGACAUCAAGAUGUGCUUGUUGGACCUGAUCAAGUCCAGUCCCAAGUCUAAAAAGUCUCUGAAAGACAUGUCGGCGGGGUAUUCGGCUGAUUUUAUGAAAAAAUACAACGACAUCAACAUCAUCCACUUCAACGAGAACAUGUCAAUGGUCAACAAGUUGGAUAAUGUACGAUUUUCACCGUCCCAUUAUGCUAAUUUGUUCAAAACCAACCCAUUGAUGGAACAAGAUGGGGGGCGGCAUCAACUGAGACACCACAGGCAGGUGGGCCAUGUCAUCUCGCGUAAUCCACAUCAUCAUCAUAGUCAUCGGCAGCAGCAUCAGGCCUAUCGGAAGAACUUCCGGGGGAAAUCGUUCCGGGAUUGGGGCGUCGAGAGUGCCAGCUUUGAAUUUUCCUCGGAUGAUCGGACCGAAUCGGGAAGCAGCUGUUCGCACUGUUCCCAUCGGAGUCGUUCUGGAAACGGGAGCUAUCGAGGCGGCUCCGCUAGCCUGAGUGGCAGUUGCUGCUCGGCCGAGGAAAAGUACCACCUUCUGGGGUCACUCUCACGCCACACAACAACAACAUCCGGAAGCGAACGAGGGGGCGAAGAAGGAGGAGGAUGCGAAGUAAGCACCGGUCACGAUGACGAUGACGAUGAAGACGACGAUGACGGUAUCAUCAUGAAUCACUACAGUUUGGAGCAGUGCUUUGCCGGCGGGUUGGUGUCUCAGCUGGAUUCGUUUUGUACUCUGUGCACUUCAUCGUUCAGUUUCAGUAACUGCAACAACUGCCAGCAAUCGGGCUGUGGGUCCAAGUGCAGUGGUAGCGCUGCAGGGGGAGGAAGUGGUCUAGAGGAAGAAGCCAGUGGUUGCGAACACGACGACGACGAUGCUGGCAGCUGUACGAGUACGAUCGUUGAUGAAGGCGAAGCGGAGGCAGUGGCAGCCGAAGAAGGAGAACGAGCGAUCGACGAUUUGCUCAUGGAGAGUGAAGCUUUAGACGAUCCAACUGCGAUGGAUAAGCUUUCAGUGGGCAGUUUCGGGGCUGGAGCACCAUCGGUAGUUGCUGUUGGCAGUGGGUGCGUUUGUAUGCUGCAAAAACGAAGAACGACAGUGGGGUGCGCCGGGUACAACGAGUCCAGAUACCUGUCGCAUCUGGACUCGUCCCAUGCCCAGCAGAUGUUGGCCCCGAUGAUGGAGCGCCCGGCCGGUGGGGCCUUGGCGCUCCACUACGCCGCGGCCCGAGGCUGUCUGGACUGCGUGCGACUGCUGGUCGAAGCCGCCCCCGACAUCAGUGCCAACACGCAGAUGGACAACGACGUGACGCCGGUCUAUUUGGCCGCCCAGGAGGGCCACCUGGAGGUGCUCAAAUUUCUAGUCCUAGAAGCGGGUGGCUCCCUGUAUGUGCGAGCCAGAGAUGGGAUGGCCCCGAUCCAUGCGGCCGCCCAGAUGGGCUGUCUCGAUUGCCUCAAGUGGAUGGUUGACGAUCAAGGUGUUGAUCCGAAUUUGAGGGACGGCGAUGGUGCAACACCGCUCCAUUUUGCCGCCUCUCGGGGACAUCUGACGGCCGUCCGGUGGCUCCUGAGUCACGGUGCCAAAUUGUCCCUAGAUAAAUACGGCAAGAGUCCCAUCAAUGAUGCUGCGGAAAAUCAACAGGUCGAGUGUCUAAAUGCCCUGGUCCAGCAUGGAAAUCGAGGCUCAACCGCUGAACCGGACUACAUCGAUUCGAAACAACUUGCCAUCGCCAAACAGCAGCAACGUCGCAAUUCAACGGACCUGUACGGAUCCCACCAACAGCUGCAUCAUCCCGCAGGACCUCCUCCACAUUCGCAAUCCGUAACACCGGUGCAGCUUCAUCAACCGCAACAACAUCAACAUCAACAACAACAGCAGCAGCAACAACCAGCAGCCCAGCAGCAGAAGAGAACCUCCAAGAAACAUUCCACCAGUCAUCUGCACUACGCCAAGAAUAAGGGUUCAUCGGCGGCCCACCAUCAUCACAACACCAUGAUGUCGAAAUCGUCGUCCGGAAGUUCCGACUCGGAACCGUUCUAUCUGCAUCCACCGGCCAUUCGGCAGACGAAGGACGGCUUAUAUACCCGCCAAUCGCCGGAUAGCUACUACGGAACGGUUCCGCCCAACGACGGCGUCUACAUUAAUCCGAUGCGUCAUGGAUCCAGCACUCCUCCGAGUCCGAGUGGCAGCGUUUCGGGAGAAUCCUUCUUCCUGCACGACCCCCAGGAGGUGAUCUACAACCGGGUGAAGGACCUAUUCGAUUCGGAUCUGAGCAGCACCAAGGACGACCGCACUGCCACCUCGCGGGCCAUGACCGUUCAAGUGGAAGUCCACUCAAGUAGCAGUGGUGCUGCCAGUGGAUCGGAUGAGGACCUUUCGGUGUCCUCGUCAAAUUCGGGACUUGUCGAGAGAAAACCUCCGGAACUGAAACGUUCCAAUAGUAAAACAUCAAGCGUGGUUCAGCAGGAUCAUCACGACUACGAGGACAUCUAUCUGGUUCGGGAGGAAGCACGAUACGCAACCAAGGGCACUCGAACCGGUGCCGGAAGAAGCCGAUCCAGGGACAGUGGUUCCCACAGCAGGUCGGCCAGUGCCAGCUCAAACCGAAGCAACGAUAUCAUCAUGCAGUUGACCAAUCAGACCGUAAGCAACAAAGAGCAAAUGCUGAUCAACAAACGAAACAAUCUCUACGAACAAAAACAACAACAGCAGCAACAGCAACAACAACAAGAAAUGCAACAAUCGAGCAACAAACAUCGCUACGAAAUGUCCGGUAGCAAAAAUUACAAAACCACCAACCUGGGCAAAGCGAGCGGUGGUCAUCGACCGCAAGAGCUCGGAACCAUCGGAAGUCGUGGCUCAGUGAUCGGAGAUAAUGCGUACGAGAGCGUUUGCUCCCCGGAGGAUACCCACGAGCGGUCCAAAUUGGCCCAACGGCACGGUAGCAGUGCAUCCGGCAGCAGCGCCUCUGGCGGCAAACAGGUGAAACGCAACGGAUCGAUGAGCAACGGCAACAAGGCCGAUAAGCAGGCAUCAUCGUCGUCAUCGUCUUCGUCUUCGUCGGCUGCGGCAAACGUGGGACCCCCACCUCCACCAUUGCCACCACCUUUGAAGGCACCGUCUUCGUCGUCGUCUUACCACCACCAACAUCAGCAGCAGCCGCAACAAACUCACUUUGGCGGCAGUGGCAACAGUCUAGCCAAAUCCGUCAGCGGCGGCAACAACAACAACAACAACCAACAAGCUAGUGGUAAUUUCUAUCUGCACAAGCAUCUGAACGGCGGCAACAGUAGUAGCAAUUCGGCAGCGGCAGCGAACGCGAUGAUCUUCAACACCAGCACCAGCACCAGCUCCAGUACCUCGAAUCACACCCAGAACAACAACCAGCACGACUAUUACAACCAGCUGCCGCAGCUGGCCCAAAAUGGCAGCGGCGGCGGAAGUGGUGGAGUCGAGGGAGGAGGCGGCGGAGGUCCUGAUUCCGAUUCCGGGCUGGAGGUUGUCGAAGAAUCGACGCUCAAACCGUCGGAUCUGAUCCGGAACAAUCACAACCGCAGCAUGUCCAUCAUUUCGGCCAACAAGAAAGCCAAACUCAUCAGCAGCAACAACAACGGAAGCAACGGGCCGAAUCUCCUGCUGAGUCCGACUUCGGGCAAAUCCGGCUCGGCAGUCGACGAUCAGCACUUCUACGGCCAACACUAUCACAGCAACAACAACAACAAUAGCAACACGAACCAUCAACAGCAGCAGCCAUCGUACCAACAUCACCAUCACCAGUCCCGAUCGAGUUCGGCACUCUCGUCCUCGUCCGGCGGCCCGAAUCUGGUCAACAAGCAGCUGGUGCUGCCAUUUGUGCCGCCGGCUUUCCCGAAUGGAUCCACCGAUGGCAACAACCACCUGAUCAAACCAUCCGAAUACCUGAAGAGCAUCUCGGACAAGAAGUCGAACGCGGGCUCCCAGAGAUCUUCCGACACCGAGGACUAUAUGCCAUUGCACGCCACCAUCACGGUACAGUCGGGACCGGAACCACCGAAGCCACCGCCACCUCCACCCGCGCCUCCAAUGCUCUUUGGGCCCCCAGGCUCGAACACCAUCAAAUCCACCUCCUCGCACGCCACGGCCAACGGAGGAGCAGGAGACCAGCAGACCGGAACGGCGAGCAAAAUUCCACCCCCACCUCCGCCCCAGGACUCGACGAUACGGAAACAGCAGCAGCCCCUGUCGGCGAUCUCCAUUCAAGAUCUGAAUAGUGUGCAGCUUCGUCGCACGGACAAGAUGCUGUCCAAGACGUUCUCGGCCCCAACCCGCAGCAUGAGCAUGCAGUGCCUGUCUUCCACAAAUGAGCAGUUCCUGUCCCAAAAAACAGAUCUGAUAGCCGAGCUAAAAAUGUCCAAGGACAUCGCCGGCGUCAAGAAGUUGAAGGUGGAACGUGCCAAGCUCGAAAACCGGGAAGCAACCGAAAUCUACUCGGAAGUUACGCGCCAAUUCACCGCCGGAAACUACGUUGAUCAGUUAUUACAGGUACCGGAACGGGACCAUGCCGGCAACAUUAUUCCGGACUGGAAGCGCCAGAUGCUCGCCAAGAAACUGGCCGAAAAAGCGAAAAAGGAGUUCGAAGAUCGACUAGCGCGGGAAGCAGAAGACCGGCGCCUGUCGGCCAUCCCCAAAUGGAAGCGGGAUCUGAUCGCCCGGAAGGAGGAAGCCGAGAGUAAGCUGAAAUCAUCCAUCUACACACCCCGGGUGGAGGAAUCGGCCCGCAGUCGCAACACCGACACCUGGCGCUCCCGGAUGUCCCAGCGAGCGAUGUCCAUCGACAACAUCAGCAGCUUUUCCGGCAUCAGCAGCCCCCUGAAUGGGCUGAACGGAAGCAGCAGCUCCCACGAACAGACCCAACAGCUGCUGCACGAACGCUUCAACAAGGAGAACGGUUCCAGCCACCUAAAUGGGAACGGAAAUGGUCAUCACCACAAUAAUUAUAAUGGGGGAAGCAACAAUGGCAUGAAUGGAGGGGGAAAUCUGCACAGCCACAAUCCGAGCACCCGCAGCUCGAUGGAAAAUAUUAGCAACAAGAAUGACUACCACCAUCAUAUCAAUUCGGGAAGCUCCAAUCCAAACGGAAACGGAGACGACGAUGAGGAAAGUGAGCAGAUCAUUCCGUGGCGAGCUCAUCUGAGGAAAACCAACAGUCGACUCAGCUUGAUCGGUUAGCCGAAGAAUUGCCUACUUAAAGGCGCUUUUUGUAAAAAGUGAAGAAAAACAUCAGAAAUACGAAACAAUUUAUCGUUACUUAUCAUUAGUAGGUAGUUCAAUUAUACGAUAAUUCAUCAACAUAAUUUUAGCUUAGAAAACAGAUACUUAACAGACGACGAGGAAGAAUUUAUUUUAUCAAUUCCAUAAACUGCGAUGACAUUUAUUUAACGAAUCAAAUAUUUUGUAAUCGAGAAAAAAAAACCAGUCGUUCAGUUAAACAUGAAAAUAAAAUCGAAAAAACAUCCGUUAAAGAUACGAGUUAACAGUUAGAAAACACAUAAACGUACUUACUAACUCAAAGAAGUAACAGUAGGAGAACAGAAUGAAAACGGGCAAGAAUCGUUAACAUAAAUCAAAGAUUUCGUUGCAAUAUUAAUUGGUAAGAUUACGGUUAAUCUACACAUGAAUCAUCAUCAUCUCCCGAAAGAAGAAAGCUGAAAGCGAGGGAGUAAAAUAGGUAAUAAACAAUACUAAGACGAUAAAAUGAUACAUAACGGAUAGAGUGAGAAGGAGAAAAUUAAAAUUUAAUUGUGAUUACUGUAUACAGCCGCCUAGUUCUGGUAGACUUUCGCGAUUGAAGCUUUGAAAAAAGAUGAAAAAAAACCUCUUACAAAGUCAACACUACUGCCAAUACGAAAAUUUAAACUAUGUCAUAUACUUUAUUUUUGUUUCCAUAUUUCUUUUUAUUCUAUUACAAAUGAAACUCUAUCAUUUACUUGAGCACACAUAACAGAAAUCAUCUAUCAUUCGAAGGCACGAUAUAAAUCGCAUCAACCCCUAAAAUUAUAAAUCACCAUCUCAACCUUGAGAGAGCAUAUAAACAUAAGCCAAACGUAGUGGAAGGCAAAGCGCAUACAGAGCAACCAGCAUCAAAACUGCAUAUUAGAACCGUAAUGAAACCCUUAGAGAUAACAUACAAGAAAACAAAUAAGCCGACAGUUAUCGAUAAUAAUAAUCAGAAAAAGAAAAAAAAGGCAACAGCAUCAAUCAUUCGCUUCUUUACAUUUUUUAUUUGUUUAUUUCUAUUUCUGUAGUUUUUUUUUCGUAACUUCGUUUUUAUAGGACAUCCGCAUUAGAUCUAGAGAAGAAAAACAUUCCCUUUACUCCAUAAUCGUUGAGUAGUUAUAAUGAGAAGUAAAUAAAUGAAAUAAAAAUGGUUAUCGAAUACAAUAAAC